AUGUCAAUUAGCUAUGUGGCACGGAAUCGAACUCAAUCAAUCCAAGAGGCUAUCGACAACCUUUUUAUAGAGUUUGGAGCCACAGUGGAAAAUCGAGACUGGGCCACAGAGCAGACACAGCAAUCAGAAGAGCCCUGUGUUUUUCAAGUCCUCCGCGACUAUGAAAAUGGAGCAAUCCCGAAUGGCCGAGUCAUUCUAGCCCACGACGAUAUCCUGAUUGAUCUUCAGGUCUAUCAAACUUGGCGAUCAAAUCCAUCUGAGCAUUUACCGCGCAAGCCUCUAUGUGAGGUAGUCGAGGUCUCCAAGGAUGAGAACCGCACCUGUUCUAUAUGCUACGAGCUUGUCAGUCCUCAUCUAGAGGUGAUUAUACUUCCCUGUGGACAUUGGUUUGAAUGGUGCUGUAUUCAAUCAUGGUUUGAGCGAAGCUUCACUUGUCCCAUGUGUCGUGCGAAUGUGCUUGAGGGUAGCAUAUCCCCAGAUGAUCUAUGGAUUAUGUAUGAAGUUGCUGAGUCUUAG